AUGAGAUUACUUCAGAUACUAAUUGCCUUCUGGCUAAGCCAGACGGUUAUGGCCGCCAACCACAUCACAUCAACGUCGCUUUUGACCUGUAUGGACAACUCACAAUUCACAGCCUCCCUUUUCCAAAUCUACUUCUUCCCCGACAACAACACCUUCACAUUCAACGUCAACGCCAUCUCCUCCAUUGACAACAAAAAUGUCACUGCCAACGUCAACUUGAUUGCUUAUGGAUUGAACAUCUUGCAAAGAAACAUCUCUCUUUGUUCGUUGGACUACCAGGAUCAAUUCAAUUCAAAAAACAACCCCUUGUGUCCCUUAACCAGUGGUCACUUGGAUUUGUCUUCGCUGUAUGAAGUCUCCUCAUCAGUCACCAAGGACAUCCCUGGUGUUGCUUACACCAUUCCUGAUUUAGAUGCAAGAGUUAGAGUAUUGGUGUAUGACUCAAGCAACAACAACCAGUUGGCUUGUGUCGAGGCUGUCCUUUCCAAUGGUAAAACCGUGCAGACCAAAUACGCCGCAUGGCCAAUUGCGGCUGUGGCUGGUUUAGGGGUUAUUACAUCCGGGGUAGUUUCCGUCAUUGGUCAUUCCAGCACCGCAGCCCACAUCGCUUCCAAUUCUAUGUCGCUUUUCGUUUACUUCCAAUCGUUGGUCAUCACCGCCAUGAUGGCUGUAGCCAGAGUACCACCCAUUGCUGCUGCGUGGGCCCAGAAUUUCGUGUGGUCCAUGGGUAUUGUCAAGUUGGGAUUUGUUCAAGAUAUCGCUAAUUGGUAUGUUCAAUCAACUGGUGGUACUCCCUCCGAUAUUUUGAGAUCAAACUAUAUUUCUGUCUCCGUGCAAAAGAAACUUAGAAUGGUCAAGAGAGCCGCCAUGGGAGUUUUAAAUCAAAUCGACUUCAUUCCAAAUAUGGGCAAAGUCAAUUUUGUCAAGCGUGCUGAUAUCUCAUUAGAUCAACAAACGUUUGGACUUGGUGACAAGUUAGAUCCAAAACUUUACACCAUUGAUGAAAAGGACAAGGACAUCUCCGGGAAGAUCUUGGUGUUGCGAGGUAUCCAAAGAGUGGCUUAUCUUACCGGAAUUGAAAUCACUGACUUGUACAUGACUGCCAUCAUUUUCUUGUUCUUUUUCUGUUUUGUUAUGAUUGUUUGUUUGAUGCUUUUCAAGGCCGUGAUUGAAAUCUUGAUUAGAAGUAAGAUUAUGAAUGAAGGGAAAUUCAACGAGUACCGUCAACAAUGGGCCUCCAUUAUCAAAGGUACCAUCUACAGAUUAAUGGUACUUUCUUUGCCACAAGUGGCUUUAUUGUGUCUUUGGCAAUUUGUUGAAAGAGAUUCCGUGGGUACCAUCGUUGUUGCCGUAUUCUUGCUUGUUAUUUGCGUGGUUUUGUUAUUCCAAGCAGCAGUCAGAGUCUGGAUCAAGGGAAGAGAAUCGGUACGUGAAUUCAAAAACCCUGCUUACUUGCUUUUCGGAGACGGGAAAUUCCUCAACAGGUUUGGAUUCCUUUAUGUUCAAUUUAGAGCUGACUGCUACUACUUUGUCCUCGUCACUCUUAUCUAUAUCUUCCUCAAGUCGUUAUUUGUCGCUGUUUUACAACAUCAAGGUAUGGCCCAAUCGGUGAUUGUCUUUGCUAUUGAACUCGUUUACCUUGUUUUACUUUGUUGGAUCAGACCAUUCAUGGAUAAGAGAACUAAUGCGUUCAAUAUCACCAUUGGGGUCAUUAAUACCAUCAACGCCUUGUUCUUUAUGUUCUUCUCGAAUAUCUUCCGUCAACCACAAGUUGUAUCGUCCGUCAUGGCUGUGGUUUACUUUGUCCUUAAUGCUGUGUUUGCUUUGUUCCUUUUGCUUUUCACUAUCAUCACCUGUGUUUUAGCAUUAUUGUACAAGAACCCAGAUACUCGUUACCAACCAAUGAAAGACGACCGUGUUUCCUUCUUGCCACGAUUCGGCAAGACCGACGACCAAGUAUCUCCACAACAAGAUAUGGAGCUUAUGGAAUUGGGAGCUACUGCCAUGAAAGGACAUGAACAUGGAGGACCUGAGACAUCACCUAUUGGUGCCAAGAAGUACGAAGAAGACGAGUCCGUAUACGGUAGUGAAGCCUACCAUCCUGUAAACACUAACUCGUCGUCCAACAUCUACGAAGAUCCUUCCAAACGUGACAGUUUUAUGUUUGAUUCUGAUCCAAUCCAGCCCAACUCCACCAUUGUUGGUAAUCCAUACAAUGCCGCCCAAAGCAGGGGAGGAUUCAGCUAUGGAUCGACUCCUAACCGUGGUCCCUCUGGUGCGUCCAGCUCGUACCCAAGCACCACUGGUGGUCCACAGAAUCCGUUCAAUCAACUGACGGGUUAUGGCGAUAACAGCGGAAGUCGAAUGGAUUAUAUAUAG